AUGUCAAAAUCACCUGAAGAUUCUGGUGUUGAAGGUACAGAAACGGCAUGGAAUGUUAGUGGUUCAGGCAGCAUUUUGUGCUCCAAGGGCGUUGAGGUUAACGUAUGGGAUCUGAACCAGUGUGCUAAAAUUUGGACUGCAAAAUCUCCAGCAAAAAAUAGCCUUGGUAUAUUCACCCCAACUUGGUUUACAUCUGCAACUUUCUUGUGCAAAGAUGACCACCGCAAAUUUGUUGCAGGCACGAACAGUCACCAGGUGCGUCUUUAUGAUAUUUCUGCACAGAGAAGGCCUGUUGUUUCAUUUGAUUUUCACGAGACCCCUAUUAAAGCUGUAGCUGUGGAUGUAGAUGGACAUACGAUAUACAUAGGAAAUGGGUCUGGCGAUCUUGCUUCUUUUGAUAUACGCACUGGGAAACUUUUGGGAUCCUUCUUGGGGAAAUGUUCUGGAAGUAUCAAAUCCAUAGUCAGGCAUCCAGAGCUCCCAGUUAUAGCCUCAUGUGGUGACUAUAUGAAAUCGCUGUUAGCUUGUUUAUAG